GGAAAUUGAACAAUGAAUAUUCUUUUUAAAAAAAACAUUUGCCUGUUUUAACUAUAUUGAUCAAUUCUUAAACCAAAACAUCGAUGAAAUGUAAAUAAGAAUGUUCAGCAACUUCUUCUAUAAACAUGGACUUUUUUGUGCCAGUCGACCAUGGGAGGUCAUUCUUACCACGCUCACCCUCUCAGCUUGUUUGGCUUCAGUAGGAAUUAUCACAACACCUGACAAGGUGUGUGGCUGGAACUAUGAAUGUGAAAAACAUCAGGACAAGGAGAACAGCAAAAAUGAUCACAUUUUCCUGCCCAUCAUCAAACUAUCAGCUGUCCUUUACACUUAUCUACAAUUCAGAAAUCUUCGCAGAUUUGGAACCAGAUAUCUUUUGGGCAUAUCUGGGAUAUUUACUGUGUCUUCCAGUCUCGUGUUCAGUAUUGCUAUCAUUAAAAUGUUUGGCAAUGAUCUCUCAGGAUUGACGGAAGCCUUGCCAUUCUUCCUUCUACUUAUUGACCUCUCUAAGGCAUGUGCCUUGGCCCGCUUUGCACUGAAUUCUAAAAGCCAGGAGGAAGUUCAGGAGAACAUUGCCCAUGGAAUGUCUAUACAUGGCCCAGUCAUGACGCUAGAUGCUAUUUGUGAGAUUCUAGUCAUUGGAGUGGGCACCUUGUCAGAUGUCACCCAUUUAGAGAUGAUGUGUUUCUAUGGUUGUUUGGCUGUCCUGGCUAAUUACCUGGCUUUUAUCACGUUGUAUCCUGCAUGUUUGGCUUUAUUCCUAGAGGUAGCAAGAAAGAGAGGUAGAGGCAAAGGAUUAAAGCAUCUACAGCAGUUGGCUCAGAUUUUACAUGAAGAAGAGAAAGAUGUGAGACCAAACCCUGUCACCCAGAAUGUCAAAAUCAUUAUGUCUGCUGGCCUGCUGAUGGUCCACUUCCACAGCCGUUUUAUGGCAAAUAAGAAAACCAUGGAUAUGAUUGGAAAAGAUAUGGCCAGCACCCAGUAUAGAGAACCAGAUGUUUCACUGUGGUCUUUCUACAUUCAGAGAUUGUUUACAGUAAAGGCAGAUUCUACUUUCACUUUGGCUUUGGCCAUUUUCCUGAUUGUGAAGUAUGCAUUUUAUGAUGACAACUCAAUGGAAUAUGAACUUCUUAUGUCUUCCACAAAUAGAGAAAACCCUGAAACAACAACAAAUGUAUCCACACCAAAAGAUUUAGAUCAGCUAUGCAGUGACUCCACGACAGAGAAGGAGAAGCAAGUUGAUUUUAUACUUGGAGAGGAUUCAUCAGACUCAGAAUCAGAGAAGACUGUGACACAUGUAGAAACACAGACAGACAUUGAUAAAUUGUUAUACUCACCACUGCAAAGAAUUCCCUCCAUAAGGCCUCCAAGAUCUUUGGAGGAGUGUUUGCAAAUUCUAAACUCAGAGGAAGGUGCAAAGUCUUUAACAGAUGAAGAGAUAUCAAAUCUAGUCAAAAGUAAACACAUUCCUUCUUAUAAAUUAGAAACAAUGAUUGGAGAUGAGUGCAGAGGUGUUCAUAUUAGGAGAAAGAUGUUGACUGAGGAAUUGUCAUCUACAGAUGCAUUGGAUGGACUGCCUUAUGAAAAUUAUGAUGGCUAUGACUUGGUAACUGGAGCUUGUUGUGAGAAUGUUCUAGGUUACAUGCCAGUCCCAGUAGGUAAAGCUGGUCCCCUAUUACUGGACGGUCAGAAGUUUUACAUUCCAAUGGCUACCACAGAGGGUUGUCUGGUGGCCAGCACCAACAGGGGAUGUAGGGCACUCGAGAAGAGCAAAGGAGUUCGUAGUGUAGUGAUAGGAGAUGGCAUGACAAGAGCUCCAGUUGUACGAAUGCCUAAUGCCAUAGAGGCCAGCAAAUUGAAAGAAUGGAUGGAAGACAACUUCUGUGCAUUAAAAACAAUAUUUGAUGAGACAAGUCGGUUUGCUCGGCUAAACAAGUUGCACAUUGCACAAGCUGGUCGACUACUAUAUGUGCGUUUUAUUGCUAGUACUGGAGAUGCCAUGGGAAUGAACAUGCUAUCAAAGGGAUCUGAGAAAGUUAUCCAUCAUGUGAAUGAAUUAUUCCCUGAGAUGGAACUUCUCAGUCUGAGUGGAAAUUACUGCACAGACAAAAAACCUGCAGCUGUAAACUGGAUUGAAGGGAGGGGCAAAUCUGUUGUGUGUGAAGCUGUCAUUCCAAGUAACGUUGUAAAGAACAUUCUCAAAACUAGUGUUACUGCUAUGGUAGAUCUAAAUGUAAACAAGAAUCUGAUUGGUUCAGCCAUGGCAGGAAGUCUAGGAGGAUUCAAUGCUCAUGCUGCAAAUGUUGUGUCAGCAAUAUUUAUAGCCACUGGACAGGAUCCUGCCCAGUGUGUUGCCAGCAGUAACUGUAUAACCCUAAUGGAGGCCACAGGACCUACCAAGGAGGAUCUGUACAUCAGCUGUACCAUGCCUUGUAUAGAGGUUGGGACAGUGGGGGGAGGCACUGUCUUGCCAGCACAACAGGCCUGUCUAAAGAUGCUUGGAAUACAAGGACCAAAUGCUGAGAAUCCAGGAGCCAAUGCCAAACAGUUAGCUAGGGUUGUUUGUGGGGCUGUGUUAGCUGGUGAGCUAUCUCUUAUGGGAGCUCUGGCAGCAGGGCAUUUAGUUAGGAGUCAUCUAAAGUACAACAGGUCAAGUGUGUACCUUGCAUCUAACAGGUCCAGUGUAGAUUGUUCUCAGUCCCAAUCACAAUUUUUACCUUCACAGCAGGAGAGUUCCACUACCACUUUACAUCCAUCAUCAGCUAGCCUCAGGAAGUGUAAAAACAGCUGAUAAUGGCUCCUUUGUAGGUUUUUUUUUCCAAUGGUUGUGUGCCAAAGGUCUUUUAAAAUUGAAAGUGGACUGCCUGCCAAGUUUGCUUAUGAGGUUAAAACAUAAUGUUCACCUAUGCUGAUAUAAAUGCUUGACAAUCACAAGAUAAUGUCAUUAUAAGUUGUUGUGGCUGUAUAAGCUUAACUUAAUGAAUAUUCUCAUUGAUGUUUAUGAGAAAUAUACCUGUAUGUAAGUCAUCAUUUAUGAUGGAAUUCCCAGCUAAUAUAGUGUGUAAAGGUGCUGAUAGUUUUUGUUGCAAAAUUAAACUGUCAUUUUGAUUUCUUUCUUUUUAUGAAUAAUUAUUUAUACAAAAAAGCUAGCAAUCAUUUUUAUGUUUGUUGGAAUUUUGAGCAUUCAGAAGCAUUAUCUUUGGUAUUUGUUUUUUAGUAUUUAUUAUCAUGU